CAGCGCGCCGGAGAGGCGAAUGGGGGCCGAAGGAGGCGCCGGCGCCGCGGAGCGAGCGAGCAAGGCGGACCCGACGAGGGAGCCUUCCUCCGUCAGCAGCGCGGCAGCCGCGACGGCGCCCCCGGAGGGCGAGGGUGGAAGCAGGAGGAGGCCUGAUCAGAAACAGCAGCGAGGCUGCAGAUGACCCCCUCUCUGUGGAGGAGCAGCUAUAUCAUGCUUUCAAGCCCUUGGAGGGUUUUGUGUUUGUGACCACGAAGAUCUUCAACUGCAAGGAUGAAGGUCCGCUGCCUCCUGCUGGUAGCUCUCUGGCUCUGCGCCGUUGACCUCGGCAGCGCCUCAGAGCGCUGCGACGACUGGGGCGUGGACACCAUGAAGCACAAGCCGGUCUACAACGGGGAGCCGGCCAAAAUCAAGUGUCCUCUCUUUGAAGCCUUCCUGAAGUACAACUACAGCACCGCCCACUCCGCGGGCCUCACCCUGAUCUGGUACUGGAUUGGGCGAGGCCAGGACAUCGAGGAGCCCAUCAAUUUCCGCCUCCCGGACAACCAUAUCAGCAAGGAGAAGGACACCCUCUGGUUCCGCCCCGCUCUGCUCAACGACACCGGGAACUACACCUGCAUGCUCAGAAACACCACCUACUGCAGCAAAGUGGCUUUCCCGCUGGAAGUCGUUGACAAAGACCCCGGUUCCUGCGUCAGCCAGGCCAUCAGGCCGGAAGAAGUCCUCAUGUACCUGGACUACACGAACAAGAACCUCACCUGCCCAGAUGUGGAAGGGUUUUAUCCAGCCGGGACCAAGCCAAAGGUCUGGUGGUAUAUGAACUGCAAACUCAUGGAUAAUUUCAACGAGCGAUACCCCAGCGGCGUCAACCUGACCUUUGGCUUCGUCCGCGAGGCGUACCAGGCCGACUACACCUGUGUCGUGAGCUACAAGGAGAACGGCCGGGAUUUCAACCUCACACGGACUUUGAGGGUCAAGGUGGUAGGGCCUCCAGACAAGGCAACGGUUCCGACAAUCAUCUCUCCAAAUAAGCAAGUCGGUUAUGAACUCACACCAGGAGAAGCGCUCGAGAUCCGUUGCGAGGUCCAGUUCACGUUCCUGAAGGACUCUCCGCAAGAGGUCUGGUGGAUGGUGGACGGGAAGAGCCCAGAGGACGUCGCUGACCUGAAGUUCAACAUCACACUGACGGAGAUCCCCUCCAGCCUUGGUGAGAUGACCAUUGUGAAGACUCUGGUCGUGCCCAAGGUCACUGAGAGGGACCUGAAGCGAAACUACACCUGCUGGGCGCACAACCUGAAGGGGACCGUUCACCAGGAGGCCAUGGUGAAGAUGAAAGUCCCUGUGCCCAGGUACACGGUGGAGCUGGUCUGCGGCUUGGGGGCCACCAUCGUCCUGGUGGUUCUCCUGACCCUCGUCUACCACUUCUACUGGCUGGAAAUGGUCCUCUUCUACCGGGCUCAUUUUGGGACAGACGAAACCAUCUUAGACGGGAAAGAGUAUGACAUUUAUGUGUCCUACGCGAGGAACGCCGAAGAGGAAGAGUUUGUGCUGAUGACGUUGAGAGGGGUUCUGGAGAACGAGUUUGGCUACAAGCUGUGCAUUUUUGACAGAGACAGCCUCCCCGGGGGAAUUGUCACGGAUGAGACCCUGAGCUUCAUCCAGAGGAGCCGGCGUCUGCUGGUGGUGCUGAGCCCCAACUAUGUCCUCCAGGGGACGCAAGCUGUGCUGGAGCUGAAAGCGGGCCUGGAGAACAUGGCGGCCAGGGGGUCCAUCAAGGUGAUCCUUGUCCAGUACCAGGCCAUUAAGAAGAGCAAGUUCAAGGAGCUCAGGCGGGCAAAGGCCGCCCUCACCGUCAUCAAGUGGCAGGGGGAGAAGUCCAGCUACCCUCGGGGAAGGUUCUGGAAGCAACUGCUGGUGGAGAUGCCCGUCAAGAGCAGCAGGACCAGGAGCUCCGGGCAGGAGCAGGACUUUGCCCAGCCUCCUCUGGGAGAUGUCUGAGGACAAGGGGAGCUUGAGCACCCGUCGCUGGGGUGGGGGAGAGGCGUAGCUGGAGAGCGAGGGUUUCUGGGAUGGAGGGCACCCUCUCUCAAAUCCCAAGGGCCCGGCUGCCUCUCCCCUCCAGCGCCCGACUUGAGCCUGCCUCGCCUGACUCUGUUUCCCUUCGGACGCCAGCCCACAAAAGCCAAAUUGCUUUUCUACUGGAGCGAGUCAGUAUCCUUCCAGGUUGAUGUGGGAGCAAUGCGGUCUUGCCCGCCCCCCAGUUUGGCGCAAGAGAUCUCGAGGGCCUCUAAAGUCCAUUCUCCCUACCUUGCAACCGAUCCCCUGGCCUAGACACCCACUGUGAUAUUUUUAAACUCUGCCAGGGUUGGUUGAAAGCCCCCACCGCCUGGAACCCAGAAUGCAGAGCAGGUAGGGAGUUUUUUGCCCCGUGGAGGCAGGGGGCUGCAUUUCCUCACCCACCCGCCCUCCUUGAAGCAGCCGAUGUAGAAUCAUAGAACUUCAGAAUUGGGGCCCAAGGGUCAUCUAGUCCAACCCCUCAAUGCAAGGACGUGGGGGGUGCCUUCAGGUCAAAAGCCCCAUUCUCUUUCCUGCAUCCUAGGAGAGUCUGUGUGUUUCCUUUUCCUUCCACCAUUUCCCAUCAACCCCCUUUGCUCCCAUCUCCUCUAGAACGGAAAGCCAUGUUUGGAACUGUACCUCUUUUUUUUUAACCCCCAUGUUCAGUAUUAUUUCUCAUGCCAUCUGCCUCUAAUCUGCCGGGAGAGUCAAACGGACAAGUUUACAUAGAGUUCUUGCUGGUGAGCCUGGGAGAACAGCUCCACAGGGUGGGAUUUUCUUUUCGUUCUCAGAUUUGAUGGAAGCAGUUUUCCAUCUCACAAACACACACACACACACAGAGAGAGAAACCACAAUGCAACUGACAUUAGGAUUCCAAAGCCCGUUUGCACAGCUCUGAGAACUCGCUCCGACCGCAGGUUGCAUGUUUGGCGGCUGACACCAGCAAGCCAAAGAAGAACCAUGUGUGAGCCUUCACCACAGAGACACGACGUCUCAGGGUUCCCGAUUCCUUUCGCUCCCACAUCUCAGGGUCUGCGGUCAACAGUAGGUGCUUGCAAGCUUCUGUGGCGGACUCAGAACACCCUAGAGCAAAGCCAUUUCUAGCAUGUGCAUGAUAAAAGUUCGGUUGAGCAGGUUGUGCCUGAAACACCCAAAUGACCUUUCACCUCUGGGCUGUUGUUUCGGGAGACGUGGUCUUAAACUUCUUGAUGGAGCAAAGAUUUAAACUUGGUGCACGGAGUCUAAACCCAUCACGUGCACCAGUCCUGGACCAUGCACCUUCUGAUGUGGGUGUUCUAGUGAAUGAAUUGGCUCUUCCAAGCACCCUUGCAGUUAAGCACUAGCCUGCUUACCGUAGGCGACUAGGGCUUCCACACAGGCAAGCAAGUGGGCUGGCAGAGAUGGGGCAGAGUCCUCCAGAGCCCUCUUCCAUACCCUACAGCGGCCUGUCGGAGGAGAGAAGUCCUGCCCUCCGUUCUGCCCAGUAAAGAACUUUGAUAGUACUCACAGAGUUGGAAGGGACCCCCAGUGGUCAUUUGGUCCAACUCGCUGCAAUACAUACAUAUCCCAAAGCAGCUGGAGGGCAAAAUAAGGUUGGCAAAGGCCGAGACAGAGGUUGCAGUCGAGAAUUCAUCCAUUCAUCUCCUUUUGUUGCCAUUUUUGUUUUAACACGUUGCCAGUUCCCCACCUCCCUUUCCUUAUAUCAUCUGCUUUGAAAAGUGACCUUGUUUUAAUUUUGUUGCGUUCAGUUUGCAUUGAAAUAAAACGCUUAUUUUGAUAGUU